AUGGUUCUAUCCCAACUGACUAACAGACCCGAUGUGUGUUUUGGCUAUCUUGCCUCUGGUCGAGAUCUUGUGGUUGAUGGCGUCGAGGAAGUUAUUGGUCCCUUGAUCACAACCCUCGUGAGCCGCGUCGAUCUAUCUGGCACUACUGCGAAGGUGUUGGAGGAGACUGGGAGAAACUUGUUGAAUCAUUUUGAUUUCCAGCAUGUCUCCUUGGCAAAGAUACAAGAUAGACUUGGACUACGCGGCGAGCAGCUCUUCAAUACUUCAAUGACCAUCCGGCAGGCUAUUCAUGAUACUAGUGCGGGGGAUGGGCAGCUCUGUCUCGAGAGUGUUUCUGGAGAUAGUACGAAUGAGUAUAAUAUCGGUGUCGCUGUCGAACUGAAUGGAGCCGCGACCGACGUCCAACUCCUUCAUCAUCCAGACGUCGUUGGGGGAGUGCUCGCUUUGGAGGCUGCCGAAAUAUUUCAAAUGGCUAUUAGCUUUCUGAUGGACGGCGGGUUGGAGCAUAAAGAGAAGUCUCUGUAUAACGGCUUCUUUGAGUCUCAAACCGGGUCUGACCGACACUAUGUUGAGUCAGUUUGGAGAGAGCAGUUGCAAAAGCCAGACGCAACCACAUUUCCCGUCCUGCCAAAUCCCGUCUUCACACCCAAAUCGGAUAGUCUAUUCACAUGCGAUUUAGCUGGCAUACGAACUUCUGGAGAUGAGAUGGAAGCAAUCAGUGUCCUAUGGACAGCAUGGGGUCUGGUGACAGCAGAUUACACAAGAGCAGACGAUAUCAACUUUGGGGCGAUAAUAUCAACGCCAGGUGGUCCAUCAUCCCCCAACUCAGAAGCAGUAGCACCGACAGUACCAACGACAGUACCAAUACAUAUCACGAUCAAUCGCGACUUACGGGUACAAGAGAUGCUAGAAGCAGUAGCAGCGACUUAUAUCAAGAUUAAGCGGUGUGGUCGGAUAACCCAGCAUUGGGUCAGACAGCUCAAUGAGGGAGCAAAGAGUCCUGCAUUCCAGAGCCUUCUUCAAAUACAUCAACUUGAGGAGGGAAGCUCGAAAAUCCAUACCUCCAUGUCGGAGCUCUAUAGUAACAUCGCUUUACGACUACUAUGCGAGGUUCGAAAUAACGGUCUCCGUCUUCAGAUACGGUUCGACUCUUCACUGCUUGAAAAGAUACAAAUAGAAAGACUGGCCCAUCAGUUUGGGGGUCUCGUUCGACAACUCGGCUCUGACAGACAGAAAUCUCUGCGACUCUCUGAUAUACACACCAUUAGUGAGGAGGACCUGACCGAUAUCUGGUCAUGGAACUCUCGUGUCCCAGAGCCAGUCGAGGCAUGCGUUCACGAUCUUUUUGCUGCUACUGUUGCGGAAACCCCCGAUAGACUGGCCAUUUGUGCCUGGGAUGGAGACUUGACUUAUAAGCAGCUCGACAUUUUAUCUUCGAGGCUGGCUAAUUAUCUCGUUACUUCUCGAGGUGCCGGCCCGGGGACUAUUAUCCCGUUAUGUUUUGAAAAGUCCAAAUGGACCCCUGUAGCUAUGCUUGGGGUUAUGAAAGCCGGCGCUGCAUCCGUUGCUAUGGACUCGAGCCACCCAAAAGACCGGUUAGAAAUACUAGUGCAACAAGCGUUUGAGCAUUCGAACCGUCGUCUCAUUAUAUCAUCCCGAUUGAACAAAGAGCUGUCUCACAUAUUGGUCGGAGAUGCCUCUGAUCAAGCCACAGUUAUUAUUGCAGAGGAUAUAGCACAAGAACAGAUGGACGUAUGGAGAUUGGAUACUGUUGAGGUUCAACCAAGUGAUAUACUUUACAUCGCCUUCACGUCUGGUAGCACAGGGAUCCCUAAGGGAGCGGUCAUUAGCCAUCGGAACUUCAGCAGUGCCAUCCGUCAUCAACAGGCCUCUUUUGGUUUCAAGUCUGCACAUCGCGUAUUUGACUACAUUUCCUAUGCUUUCAAUGCGGCCUGGUUCAACCUCCUGCAUACCUUGGCCUGCGGUGCCUGUCUCUGUAUACCAAGUGACAGUGAGCGAAAAGACGACAUCAUUAGCGCCAUGAACAGGCUCCGGGUUACAUACACAGUUGUAAUCCCAAGCCUUGCUAAAUUGAUUGACCCUAGAGAAGUACCCAGCCUCCAACAAGCCAUGUUCGCCGGGGAACCGUUCAAUCAAGCCAACUUGCAGCAGUGGAAGGGCAUAGUGAUUUGCAACUGCUAUGGGUGUGCCGAGUGUACAGUGGCGGCCUCCGUGGGGCCUAUAACGCAGGAUAAUGCGAUAGAUCCGGGUAUUGGAAGAGGUUCCGGAAUAGUCACCUGGAUCGUUCGCCCGGACGGCGCUGCUCUUGCAGCUAUCGGAGAAGUAGGAGAACUCUGGCUCGAGGGCCCGCUGGUUGGAAAAGGGUAUCUGGGGAACCCGGAGAAGACCGCUCAAGCUUUCAUCCUUGACCCCCCUUGGCUGACAAGAGGAGGAGGUAAUGUGGCCGGUCGUUACGGCCGCCUAUAUCGAACUGGAGACCUUGUCCAGUACAACACGAAUAAGACCCUGCGUUAUGUAGGCCGGAAAGAUAAUCAGGUUAAGAUUCGAGGGCAGUUUGUUCAGCUUGGUGAUAUUGAACAACAACUACGAAGAUUUCUUGACUCUAAUCUGGAUGCUACCGUUAUCGUUGAGGUUUCCCAGCCAUCUGGUAGCAACACGCCAUUGCUAGUUGCGUUCUUAUCUGUUGGAGACGUGCCUGAUGAUGACAAAGGCGAUGCUGAUGCUGUGCUAUCAAACCUGAUAUGUCACUUGGAUGAAAAAGUCUCAGAGUGCUUACCGGCACAUAUGGUUCCUUCGGCCUAUGUCUCGUUGAAAGAAAUCCCCUUGACAGGCACAGGAAAGACUGACCGACGUCGUUUGAGAGACAUGGUUGGAAAAUUGACACUCGAAGAACUUGCUGGCUUAAAUCCCGCUCGUGCUCAGGGGCGUCAUCAUCCUACUACGCCAGAUGAGCGCCGAUUAAGAGACUUGUGGGCUUCUGUUCUGGAUAUAGAUGGCCAGUCUAUCUCUACGCACGAUAGCUUCUUUAAAAUCGGCGGCGAUUCAGUGGCUGCUAUGCGGCUUAUUGCGGCCGCCCGUGAUCAAGGCCUAGCGUUCUCUGUCGCUGAUGUAUUCCGCCGUCCACACCUAAAGGACCUUGCAGAGGUUAUCUCACAAGCUCCGGUCGAAAUAGAGUCAAUUGUUCCAUUUUCAUUAAUGGGGGCAUCUAUUGACACGAAAAAUCUAUGUGCACGGGCAGCCGCUCACUGCCAGAUCCCUGAUGAUCAAGUCUUGGAUGUCUUCCCCUGCACCCAACUUCAGCAAGGACUAUUAGCAAUGACAGCCAAGCUUUCCAGCAGUUAUGUGGCCCGCAAGAUCUUCCGUUUGGAUCCCAGUACCGAGGUUUCCAGAUUCCAAAAUGCAUGGAAACAAGUUGUCGAAUGCUACGAUAUCCUCCGCACGCGGGUUGUCAGCCUAACAGGCACCGACCUAGUUCAAGUCGUCUGUGCAAAGGCUCCUGAGGAUCAUAUAUCGGACAAUUUAUCAGAAUACCUUGCAAUGGACCGGGAGAACCAUAUGGGACUAGGAUCUGCCCUGUCAUAUGCCGCUUUUAUUGAUGAUAGUGAGAGCAAGAAUCACUAUUUUGUUUGGACCAUCCAUCACGCACUCUUCGAUGGCCUGUCUCUCCCUCUGUUGCUCGAUGCUAUCGUCAAGAACUAUAACAGGGAACAGCCACCUACCACUGUCCCGUUCCAAGCUUUCAUUAAACUCAAUGCCACGCUUGAUCUAUAUGACGCUACUGAAUAUUGGAGAUCACAGUUCGAGGGGUGCGAGGCUCAAACGUUUCCAUCCCUACCAACACCAACACACCAGCCCCGGGCGAAUGAGACCAUAAUCCAAGCUUUCACUAACAUCUCGUGGCCACAGACUAAUAUCACGCCUUCUAAUAUCGUACGAAGCGCUUGGGCCAUCCUUCAAGGGCGGCAUUCUAACGCGGAUGACGUUGUCUUUGGUGUGGUUCUGAGCGGCCGCCAGGCAUCAAUGGCCGGCAUCGGCAGUGUCAUGGGGCCUACCAUUGCCACUGUGCCGAUACGGAUAUUACUGAAUAAGAGUAUCCAAGUCAAUGAGUUCUUGCAACAAGUACAAUCUCAGUCCGUUGAUAUGCUCGCAUAUGAACAAUUCGGUUUAUCUCGGAUAAGAGGUCUAGGCAAAUUGGAAUCGGAAGCCUCUGACUUUCAGACUUUACUUAUUGUCCAACCUGGCGAGGAUACCAAGGCCAAUGGCGAUCAGCCCAGACUGUUCACGGAAAUAGACGUCGACCCCGCUACUACCGUUCACCAGUUCAACACUAGUGCUCUGACAAUAAUCUGCAGUCUGUAUGAUCAUGGCUUUGAUUUGGUCCUCAGCUUUGAUAGUGACAUGCUCCCAGUUGAAACAGCAAACCAAAUGGCAACGCAGAUGGAAGCCGUUGUACAACAACUCUGCGAUGUUCACCUCUGCAACCGAUGUAUCUCUGGAAUUGAAACCACAAGCAUGGAGGAGCUAAACACCAUCUGGUCAUGGAAUGCGUCAGUCCCAGAACCUAAGGAGGCUUGUGUUCAUGAGUUGUUUUCUGUGAUAGCAAAACAAAGGCCUCACACGCUAGCUAUUGACGCUUGGGACGGAAACCUGACAUAUAGAGAGCUUGAUGAGCUAUCCACAACGUUGGCCGGCCACCUCAUUGCCCAAGGUGCUGGGCCUGGCACCAUUAUCCCAUUGUUCUUUCACAAGUCCAAGUGGGUAGUAGUGUCUAUUAUAGGAGUGAUGAAGGCCGGAUGUGCGUCUGUUGCUCUAGACAUGGGCCAUCCAGAGUCUCGGCUACGAACGAUUGUACAACAGGCAUGCUCUAAUUCCAAGCAGCGGAUAAUCCUAUGCUCAAAGUCGAAUGAAGACUUAUCCCGCAAACUAGUGCGAGAUUUUUCAGACCAAACUACUGUUCUUGUUGCGGAAGAAUUAGUGCGAGACGUGAUUCAAACAGAUGCACUGCCUGAAACAAGCCCUGGUGACUUGCUUUACGUUGUAUUCACGUCGGGGACUACCGGAACACCUAAGGGAGCAAUGAUCAGUCACAGAAACUUCAGCUCUGCCAUCCAUUACCAGCAAUCUACUCUAGGUAUCACACAGUCAUCACGCGUAUUUGACUUUAUCUCAUAUGCAUUUGAUGUAGCUUGGUGUAAUAUUCUGCAGACUAUAACAGCGGGCGGCUGUCUAUGUAUCCCAAAUGAGUCUGCUAUGCGUAAUGAUAUAGGAAAGAACUUGCGAGAGAUGAAAAUCUCUGUUGCUGUGUUAACACCAACGAUUUGGUCAUUGGUUCGAGAGCAUGAUAUUUCAACUCUGGAGACUGCUGUUUUCGCUGGAGAGAAACUGCUCUCAGAGGCUGCACGAUUCCAGGCUGUGAAUCGACUGAAUGCUUAUGGGCCUGCUGAGUGUACAGUUUUGAGUACCAUUUAUGAGAUCAAGCAAAACGACACAAGACAUCCGAGCAUAGGGACAGGAUAUGGGAUGGUCACUUGGGUCGUCCGUGCCGACGGUUCCUCGCUUGCCGCGAUUGGUGAAGUCGGGGAGCUGUAUCUCGAGGGGCCGCUGGUUGGGCAAGGCUACCUUGGUGAAUUACAGAAGACUGACGAGGUCUUUAUCCGAAACCCUGCCUGGUUGCUAAAAGGGGGGCCUGGUUUCUCUGGCCGGCGUGGGUGUCUGUAUCGAACUGGGGAUCUUGUUCGGUAUAACAAAGACGGUACCCUGGAUUAUAUAGGUCGCAAGGAUGACCAAGUCAAGAUUCGUGGUCAGCGUGUUCAGUUGGGUGAUGUCGAACACCAUCUCCAGAAAUGUCUCGGGUCCCGACCGGAUAUUUCUGUCGUCGCAGAGGUUGGCCAACCCUGUGGGAGCGGCACGUCUCUCCUGUUCGCCUUCUUGGCUAUAGGGGAGACAGCAAAAGGGACCGGGACUGAACUUCGUGAAGCAGUUGCAACCCUAAGACGUUUCAUUGACAAGCAGAUCGUUAAAUUACUACCCACGUAUAUGAUCCCGACAUUCUACGUUCCAGUGGUCGAAAUCCCAAUAGGUGGGACAGGUAAGGCAGAUCGGCGGCGACUGAGAGAUAUCGUUGCGGGCAUGACUCUCGAGCAACUUGCUUAUAUAAAUCCCACCCGCUCCCGCGAACCGUUUCAAGAACCUCUCACAGAUGCAGAACUCCGGCUUCAGCGUUUAUGGGCCACUGUGUUGGGCAUUGAGACUCACACCAUUUCCACUCAGGAUAACUUUUUCCAGGUUGGCGGCGAUUCGGUGGCUGCCAUGAGGCUCGUUGCAGCCGCCCGCGAUGAAGGGCUAUCAUUCUCUGUUGCAGACACCUUUGAACAUCCCAAGCUCCAAGAGAUGGCCGGCCAGAUUUCGCGUGUAGAUACCGUCCACGAUGCGCCCAAGUCAUGGCAUCCGAGUGCAUCCUUGAAUGAGUUAUCACCGACCAUUCAUGCUCUAUACCCAAACCUCGAUAUCACCAUGGUCCAACGCACUACUGACUUUCAAGCACAGUGCAUCCAUUCAGCAUCGUCGGCUCCGAUGGGUCAGACCUAUCACUUCUUUCUCGACUUUGCUGACGUCAAAGCUGAGCGGCUUGAAAUCGCUUGCCAUCGGCUUUGGGAUGCAUUCGACAUUCUACGUACCGUUUUCGUGCAGAUCGAUGACCGAUAUCUCCAAGUCGUCUGUGGCCAACUUAUGUUGGAUAUUUCUAUACAUACGGUCAGGUCUAUAGUACAAGAAUCCCGGAACUGGUGCUCAGCAGAUGAUGCUGUUUUAGAAUUGGGUAAAUCCUAUGUGCGGAUGGCCAUAUUUCAAUCCCCGGAUGGGGCUUCCCGUCUUGCAAUGCGUCUUUGCCAUGCACAAUACGAUGGUUUUAUGCUGCAACAAAUUGUACGAUUCUUGGAGGCGGACUUGAAUGGCACUCCAACGCCAAUGACGACUCCAUUCUCGGAAUUUAUCCAGCACAUUGAGGAAAAUCGCGAGGCGUCCGGCCAGUACUGGGGAGAAGUCCUCGAUGGAUCUACUGUCGCUCGAUUGGAUCAGUAUCCCAUCAGUGCCGCUGAAACAGCGACCAUCACUCAUGAGGUUAUGAUGGAAGCGCCUAGAAGCGACGCGACUGCUGCCAAUACGUUCAUAUCCGUAUGCGCAUUGGCCAUCUCCAAUCUUGUUGGAAGUAGAGAUCUGACUGUCGGCCUCCUCGUAUCUGGGCGUGCCAUGAUUCCUCGCCAGAUGAACAUCGCCGGGCCUUGUGUAAAUGUCAUUCCUCUCCGAGUCAACCUGGAAAACUGCGCCGAGUUCAAUGAAGUUGCCCAGGCAGUUCAAAAACAGCGCAUUGCCAGUCUGGCCUUUGAAGCGAGUCAAUUAGGUGAUAUUGUCACGGAACCGAGUGCGCGGGUCUCAAUGGGAAGUCUUGGCUUUGUCUUGCAGUUUCAAAAUAUUGAGGAGUAUCCUGAGAUCACAGUGCACGGAUCAUCGUCAAAGCUUGAGGUUUUCGAGACAGGUGCUGCCUACGACCUCCCUUCGAUCUCGAUUACUGCUAGACCAGUUGGGCCGAAGUGGAAGGUUGCUUUCACUGCAAGUUCCAGAUUCUAUUGCCGUGAUAGCAUUCUACGAUUGUCAAAUUCUCUGGGGAAAAUACUGGAAGAACAAACUCAAUCUUCGUGUUGA